CUCAUUCCUUAUCUCUGAUGAUGGUGAAUGAUGUUGUGAUGUAAUGCUUUAAUUUUUCCACAGUUUAUGAGAUGUACAAAUCUUACACACUCAUUGUCUGUGUUUUUAUUUUUCUAUGUCUGAGUUGUACUAUUGGCCUAUACGUGUUUGUGUGGAUUUUGCAGCAGGAGGCGUGUCUGGGGAGGGAGCAGCUGAAUUUGCCUUGGGGAGCUCAUAAACACCAGCAUUUCUCAUAGGUGACUGUACCAUGUGACUCCUAAACGAGCUGCUUUAAAAAGUGGCCUGACCGGUUGGGAAACAUCACAGGUAAUCACAGGUCGUGUGAGAAAGUGUGUCAGCAUAGGAGAUCGAUGACACUGGAAACAGUCUCCGGCUUCUCCAUGGCGAGCAGAGGCAGUUUCACCAGCUCCGAGUUCUCAGAGGAGGAAAUGGAUGGGAGUCUACAAGGGUCUGAGGAGCUGGACAGCAGUGACAGCAGCAGCUCGACGAAUUGUUACCCCAACAGCGCCCUAAACGAGCCAGAAGAGAGACAGAGCAAGAAACGCAGCAGGCCGGUGCGCUCCAAAGCACGCAGAGUGGCUGCCAACGUGAGAGAGAGGAAACGCAUCACAGAUUAUAACCAGGCCUUCAACGCACUCCGGGUGGCUCUGCAUCACGACCUGAGCGGAAAGCGGCUGUCGAAGAUCGCCACACUCCAGAGGGCCAUCAAUCGGAUCUCGGCUUUGUCAGUCUUCCUCACUAACAACCCACCAGCAAGUGUGGUGAAAUCCUGCAGCCACAAUGAGUGUCACGGUCAGCCGGGUAGUUUAUGGCAGGAGCCGUCGCCUCCUGUCCGCCUCGAAUCCCAGAGCUUCCAAACCUGGCACCAGCCGCUCAGCCAUCAUAUACAGAGCCCCUUGCACAGACUGUCCUCAGAGCAACAUGCUUUCACGGGCCCCACUUGUCCGCCGUCCCCUCACUACCCGUGUUUCUCUCCUGACACCCAGGUUUACCCUUCUAGCGAUAUGGCAAGCUCAUCCAGGUAUGGACGGAUAAGUGAUGUUGGGGCAUAUCAGCCAGGAGUUUGGGGCUCUUGUGGCCCAAAUCAUAUGGACAGUUAUGGGGAACCACCGCAGACGCUCCCUCUGUCCUGGCACAUGGGGUACCUACAGGAUGCUGGGCUCCAGCACUGCUACAGCACACUGUGAUACACACUCAUGCACCAGGACUCCUGAAACUGAGAGAACUGAGAAAAAUCACCGCCAACACCUGUAAACAUGUGCAUUUCUGGUUACCGUUUGGUAACAUUGUACAUAUUUUGAAUGUGAUUACAAAUAGUGUUAUAUGCGUUAAGAUAAAUGUAUAUGUAAUGAGCAAAUUAUAUGCGAUUUGCAAAAGUAUUGCAUUAUUAAACAGAGGACAAGGAAUGUUUGUACAAAAAAAAAUCCUCUUGUGCAUUUAGAUGUUUGCAUUUCACCUCU